AUGUCGGUGCGUCUGCCGGCGGGCGGGCUACAACCGCCAGGAGGAGAGGACCCCUCGGUCAUCCCGCUCCCGUACGCGCACACCCUGCUGCGGUCCUUCGACUCCUUUCUGACGGUGGCGGUCCACAACAUCCUCUACUACCGCGGCAUCUACCCAGCGCGCACCUUCCUGUCCGCCAGGGCCUUCAACCUGCCCGUCCAGCAGAACCGCCACCCGGUCGUCUGCGCCUGGGUCCGCGACGCCGUCGAUGCCGUGGCCGCCCAGAUCGCCGAUGGCGCCGUCGACCGCGUGGCCGUCGAGAGAAGCGGCCGCCGGGGCAGAUGCCGCUUCUGCGUCGUCGAAGCCGGAAGCGUCGUCCUCCGGGCGGCGGCAGCAGCAGCAGCAACAGCGGCAGCGGCAGCGGCGGCAGCAGCAAGAAGUCCCCACGGAACCGCCGCCGCCCAAAAAGCCGUCCCCGGGCCCGCCCCCCGGCGCGGUCCUCGAGCGCUGGAUGUUCGACGUCUCGUCCUUCCCCGCCUCGGCCCGGGGGCCGCGGCGAUGCGUACCUUCUGGCAGGACCGGGCCGCCGAGGCCGCCCGCAAGAGGCGCGCGAGGCGCGAGGCCAUGAGGAGCGCCGGCAUGGCCGUGGACAGCGACGAGGACGGCGACUUUGACGACGAGGACGUGGAGCUGCUGGACGAUUAUGACGACGACGACGACGACGACGACGACGACUACGAUGACGACGACGGCGGCGGCGGCGGCGGCGGCGGCGGCGGCGGCGGCGGCGGCGAGGACGGGGACGAGGUAAUGCGAGACGUGCAGCCAAACGGAAGUGACAAGAACGAGCCCGUCAACUGGGCCGACGUGAACCAGCAGCUCCGCGGCGCCCUGGCCCGGCUCGCCCACGCCGGCUCGAAGCUGGGCCACCUGCCUCCGGGGUGCACCUUUACCAUCGCCGUCGAGCUGCGGGACAAGGCGCCGCCGCCAAUGGAGCAUCCCCAGCCGUGGAUCCCAUCCCCGCCUAGCCUGCAGCCGCCGACGGCAAAACGGCCCCGGAACGGUCGGGACCUGGGCGGCGCCAAGACGACCGCCGUGCGCUCCGUCGAGGCCGGCCCGCUCUUGUUUGAGUGCUGGGUCGAGGAGGGCAAGGCCAAAGACCGUCUCGAGGAAGUCGCGGUUAAGGCGCAGCGGAAACCGCUAGCUCGGGGGAAAUGAACACAUUCAUUCUCUCCCUCCAUUUUCACACCGAAGCCCAAUGGCCGGAUAUGCAACACAAAAGACGUUCCCAGCAUCAACAGCGAUUUCGAACAAGAUGCUAUCCGUCAGGCUCCGGGAGACCAAACUCGGGCAACCUCCAGCAUGUUGAACCUCCGCAUAUUCUGGUCUUCAGUAUCGUACAAUUCGUACAUGCCACCACAACCGCCGCCUGGGCAUAGAACAUGUCCAAAGAGAAGGGGCUUAGGAGGCAAAUCGGACAUCAACGCCACAAGCCCGCUCAUACAAACAAACCCAUACGAGCGUUGUCCUUCUUCACGCGGGCCGUCUCCUCGCUCUGGUCCUUGAGCCUGGCGACCAGCUCCUCCUUUUCCUCGCGGCCCUUGCCCUUGAGCGCCUUGACGAUCUUGCCAAGCUCCGAGUUGAACUUCUCGUACAGGAGCUCGUUCUCGGCCAUGGACUCCUUGUACAGCUGGUCGAUGGCCCGCACCUUGGCCUCACUUGCCUUGAGCGCCGCAUCCAUGUCACGCUCCAUGGCCGCCUGCCGCUCAGCCAUCUCGGCCAUCAUCUGCGGCACCCGCUCCUCCAGCGACCGCACGCUGGCCGAUAUCUUGCGCAGGUCCGUCGUGCCCGACCGCGGCAGCGAGCCGUUCACCCGCGCCAUAUCCUCGGUUAUGCGCGAGAGCUCCGACUGGAGCGACGCGUCCACCUCAUCCACCGCCUUCUUCUCCGUCUGCAGCCGUUCUCGAAGCUUCUGGGGCGACUGCAGCUUGAGCUUCUGAGGUGAGUUCGGCCUGCUCAGGGUAGACUGCGAGCGCGUUGGCGAGUCCGGACGCGCGCUAAAGUUCCGCGAUAUCCUGAGCGUUGGAAUCUGAGAGCUCGAUAGGCUUUUUGAGUGCGUCAGUGGCAUCUCCAACGUCGUCGGCGAGGUCGCGGCUAGUCUCUGCCCCGGUUCCGCCAUGUUCUCCUUAAGGCGUGUUGGAAACAGGCCUGGCGACCGGGGGCUGACGGGGAUCUUGGAGGGUGUCGGAAUCUUGGUUGUUACGACGGUGCUCGAGCCUGAAGAGUUGAAUUUCUCCGACGUUUGCUUGUUGGGUCGCAGUGGCGACAGGGGCGGAUCUUCAAGCGUAGCCUCCGCCAUCAAGCUCUUCAAGUCGGACAGGGAGCUGUGCCGCUUCUUCUUGAGGGUUUUAUCUGGCGGUACCUCACCGGUUUCUGGCUCUCCGAUAGUCUCGAGCCGGUGUGAGCUCGAGGGGCGCAUCAUUAUGUCGUCAAAUGCGCCAGCAACAGGAGGCCGGUCUCGGGAUCCGGGCCGCCGCAGCUUAUUGGGGCUUGGUUGCUGCGUCAUGGUCAUGCUCGCGCUCAUAUCUAUUGAUCGUGCGCGAUUUGAGGACGCCUUGGACAGGCUGUGGCUCUCGCCGGUUGCCGGGUUCCUGCCAUGCUUGCUCAG